UUUCAGCACGCAUAUAUUUUUGUAUUCAUGACUUAAAAGAACUCAAAUUUGUGAUUCCGUCUACGCCCCUGACAAGUGCCAGCCUGCAUGUAGUCGAAAAACCAAACACCGGUCAGCUGGACUUUGUACAAUUGGCAAAAUGAACACAAACAAACCCCCCCUCGCCGACAUACCUACCACUGCCCAUUGAGUUUUCCCGCCAACUGCGUGUGUACACACUGGCCCACCAAAUGCAGCGCCUGACGAGAUCGUUACGUUCACUUCCAUUUUCCGCGGAAAAGCUCCGGCCUCCAGCGACAUGGACCGCCCUGGGGGUCAGGCGGGAGUACUCUUCGGAACUGCCGGAGCCCGUGGAGCUGAAGUUCGAUGCGUACAGCGGCGAGAGUGCAGAAACGAGGCCACCACUGCUCACAUAUCACGGCCUCUUCGGUUCCAAGCAGAAUUGGCGCGGCAUCAGCAAGGCUCUGGUGCGGAAAGUUUCCCGAAAGGUGUAUGCCAUCGAUGUGCGGAAUCAUGGCGAGAGUCCCCAUUCGAGUGUCCACAAUUCCAGAGCGAUGAGCGAGGACUUGCGUUGGUUUCUGGAGCAGCGCAACCAUCCGCAUGCCGCCUGCAUGGGCCACAGCAUGGGCGGCAGAUCCAUGAUGUACUUUGCCAGGAAAUAUCCCGAGUUGGUGGAGCGUUUGAUUGUGGUGGACAUAUCGCCCAUCAGCGUGCCCCGUUCCACGGGCGAGAUGACCGAAAUCUUCGAUGCGAUGCUCACCUUGGACCUUUCGCCCACCAUGUCCAUGUCGGAGGGUAGGAAAAUUGCGCGGGAAAAGCUGCUCAGGGCCACCGAAGACGAGACCGUCGACUUUAUCAUGCUGAAUCUCCGCAAAGAUCCCGAUACCGGCGCAUUCACUUGGGCCUGCAAUGCACAGAUACUUCGUGAUUUCCUCACCCGCUUCGACAAAUACCAGACGCGUCUGGAGGAACUGCCGCCGUACACGGGACCCACUACGUUCAUCUGCGGCACGCGUUCCCCCUACAUGAGACGCGAGCAAUGGCCGCAGAUUCAGGAAAUGUUCCCCAAUUCCGAGAUCCACUGGCUGGAAGCCGGACAUUUGGUGCAUUUCGAAAAGCCCCAGGAGUUUCUAACAAUAGUCAGCGAGUUCCUGAACAGAAGUGAUUAGAGCAAAUUUGUAGAAUAUCAAAUAGCCAAUUGUACAAAGAAGUCAAUCGUAGAUCGACCUUAGCUAAAUUGAA